AUGCAGCCGGAGCUCGGCGGCGGGAGCGGAGGCUGCUGCUGGCAGGUGGGGCGCGGGCUGGCGCGAGCUGACCGAGCACUCGGCGGGCGCGGCGGGACUGCGGCCCGUGGCGGCGUGCGCGGGGACCUGCGCUGACUAGGUCCGGGGAAGGAACAGUAAUGAAUCUGCAGGUUGCAUCUGCCAAUUUCUUGUCUCUUAUCCACAUGAUGAAGCCAUGCUGAUAUGAACACAUCCAGUAUUUUAAAAACUCUUCAGUUAUUGAAUUAUAAUUUGGUCUUCUGUUAUAAGGAUUUUAUAUUGGGAGUGUGCUUUUGAGGAAGACCACAGAGAUAAAGGGCCAUUUCGUCAAGAUGACUUAUCACUGCUGAUGUCAACCUUGAUCACCUGGCUGAGAUAGUCGUCAUCAGCUCAGACAGGGCAACGCAGGAGCCUCCAUUCCAUAACCACCAACAGACACAGACAAAAAAAGCUCCAAGAAAACUCUGUGCUUCUUAGCCAAAGUAUGAGAAAAGAGAUUUCUAACAACAGAAAACCUUUCUGGCAGUAUGUACACCUCUCCAGUAAAACCCUAAUGAAACCAUAGGUCAUGGUUACAGCCAUGAUCCAUGACUUUUGUUUCAGAGGGACCAGUUUCCUGACUUUCUGAGAAGCCCUGGUUUCCCCAAAGAAGUGAUUUCUGAUAGAAAUCUGAAGGUCAUCUCCAAGAAAAAAGAGAUCUAGUAUAGUCAAUGAAUUAAAGACAAGAAGGUUUCCAAUCAGUCCCUGCUAUGUGGAUAUUUUGUAGCAAUGACUGAUGUGGAAACUACAUAUGCAGAUUUUAUUGCUUCAGGAAGAACAGGUAGAAGAAAUGCAAUACAUGAUAUCCUGGUUUCCUCUGCAAGUGGCAACAGCAAUGAAUUAGCCUUGAAAUUAGCAGGUCUUGAUAUCAACAAGACAGAAGGUGAAGAAGAUGCACAACGAAGUUCUACAGAACAAAGUGGGGAAGCCCAGGGAGAAGCAGCAAAAUCUGAAAGCUAACACCCCACUUUGACCCUCGACCACACCUGAAAAUGUCUCAAAUCUCCAGGAGUAUCUGGAAUGCAUUUGUUUCCAUGAGUGAAAAGAGGAAAAAGAAAAUGGCUGUGCUGCAUUGCAGGAACCUGCUCAUUAUCAUGUUAAAAAUGAGGGCAGAGGCUGUGGCUGCAGGCAGACUUUUCCCUACCUCUGUCAUUAGCAAUGGUUGAAAUCAUGUGGCUUGUGUUUGGGCGUCAUUUUUGUAUGGAUCCUUUCACUUGAUCAUAUGACGAAAUGCUUAUAGAGAGUAGCUCCGACCUAGAUGAUGAUUCUUCCUGUAGCAUCUGGCCCCUCACAAUGUCAGAGGAUUUAAUUGUGUCUAAUUGCGAAGGGUUGAUUGAACCCCAGAGUUUAAAUAUCUCUGGCUCAAGUGUUCACCCAGUAAAAGAAAGAUCCAGAAAGCACUGUUUUUAGCAUUACGUAUCUGUGUGUUACUGCUGUGUUAUUUACACUGUUUUGUAUUGUACAAUAUAUAUGCUCAGCACUGCCCCCUUCUCUGAUUGCUUAUGAAAAACAAAAUGAUGUACAUUACUGUGAAUUUUUAUACCACUCAUUUUUAAAAGGGCUGUCUUUUCAUUUUAGUUUUCCAUACUGUGGUGGUGUACACAGGAUAGAACACCCUUUUUUAAAACACAGUCUUUCCCCUUGCUCAUUGUAUGUUGAUGAGUUGAUUAAGUCUAACAGAUUCAUCAAGACUCCAUUGCUUUAUUAUAGAGACAUUUGAAAAUAUCCUUUAAUGUGAAUAUCACCUGAAUUCAGUCUGUUUGGUGUCUGCACAGACUGGAAUUCAAUCUGUCAAAUUUGUUUUAUUCUCAAGUGGAGAACUUCUCCCACAUAAUAUAUAUAUAUUUUUUAAUUUAUGAGAAUUUUGGACAAUUGGAAAGGUAGAAAAGAAAAGCCAAGAUCAUACUAAGGACUGGAAAUAUUUUGUUCUAUGGAAUCAAAUUUCUCACAAUGCUGUAUGAUACUAUUUAAAUUUGGAGGACAACUUAUCGUCACUAAGCUGAAUCAGGUGGAGAAAGUAAUCUCCUUGCAAUCAUGUGGACACCAAUCACAAAAGUAAAGCCCUGGUGUUGUGUUUUCAUGUCUUUUUUCAGCCCUCUCAGAUCCAAAUGUUAUUAUGCACUUUUUAAUGUUUGUAAACUUUUACUAAUAAUUAGUGUGAAUUGCAUUCUGAUACAAUAAUGAUUAUCAUUAGGAGCUAACAAAAUUCUCAUUAAUACUGUGUUUGAUGGCCUCUGCUGUGUUUUAACAUCGUGCUUCUUAUAUGGAAAGUUUUUGUGAGCUGUGUAAUCCCUCUGGUCAGUAUUGUGAAAUCAUUUGUCAGUGGUAAUAAAUAAGGAACCAGUAAUA